AUGAAGCUAGCCUCUGAGGAAGAACUCGCCGCACACUCGACUGCGACAAUCCGUGGCGCCAUGGAAGGCACCGCCGUCAGCGCCGCUGUCGCCGUACCAAGUUUCAUGCUGCUCAACCGUCGCUGGGCUUACUACCGGUCCCUCCCGCUGUCGCUGAAGGCCCUAGGCGGUAUAUUAAUCGUCGCACCUUGUCUCGCCAUCCAGGCUGAGCGCCGUGGCCUUGAGUUUGAUCGCGAGCGUUACUGGGUUGGCGCUGGCAAAAACGAGAUGGACCGUGAGGCAGCGGAAGAGCAAGCCAGGUGGGAAUCGCUCACCACGGGCGAUAAGGUUAGCGAUUGGGCCACCCGACACCAGUACAGCAUCAUUCUCGGUAGUUGGGCGCUCUCACUGGGCAUCGCGGGCGGUAUUGUCGCGCGUAACAAGUACCAAACGAUCCCUCAAAAGGUGGUGCAGGCUCGUAUGUGGGCGCAGGGCCUGACGAUCGGUGUCCUGGUUGCCGCUGGUAUCCUUACGCACCGCAAGCGCCAAGAGACGGCCAUGCGCAAGCUCCCGGUCGACCACUCAUGGCAGACUUUGGUAUGUCACUACCCUAGGCCAUUUCCCCCGUUCAUACUGACCCACUAUUUGCAGCUCGAAGAGCAGGCUCGCGAGGAAGAGGAGCGCCAGAGCCGUCUGGCCGCCCUCCGCUCGGCGGCGCAGCCCCUGCCGUCAUCAACCUCCGCAUAA